AUGAGUCGAUGGCACGCGCCCUCUUGCUCCAACCCACGCGUUGUCGUCCAGCAGCAACGACCAUACUGCGAAUCCUGCGACAGUCACCCAGACAUAGAUGCACUAGUUGCGGCGGAGGCAUUCAAGGCAUCACCGUUACCUUUCCUUCCCCCAGAUGAGCCGCCAGGUCAGAUGUAUCUGUGGUGGCCGCCAUGCGUGCCGUAUGUCAUCACAGAACCGGAUGGACAUCCCGUACCAGUUCGACCACCUGAUGACGAGGUGCCAACUUCAACUCCCGACGAAGGCAAACCACCAGGAAAGUCAGAACGUCUCCACAUAUACCCUCAACGCCUAAAGGAUAGCGAAUUUCGCGUUAUGUGUCUCUAUCCGGUUGAAGACGUCAACGCCCCCAUUCAUGUCACCCUGGAGGUCUACGAUGACCUCCUUUAUCACGAGUACGAAACGGUAUCCUAUACAUGGGGUGGCGAGAACGGAGAUAGUCGCCUCACCCAACCGGUCUACGUCGGACCAUUUUGGGAUAUCCUGAUCCAGACCCAUAACUGUUGGGAGAUGCUGAGGCACAUGCGACCGUGGAAAGGCGUGCGAACUAUCUGGGUAGACGCAAUCUGCAUUAAUCAGACUGAUAUGAAAGAAAGACAAGAGCAAGUUGCCAAGAUGGGUCGAAUCUACGAGAAAGCCAGUCGAGUUGUUAUUUACCUUGGCCCUGACCUUGCUGCCCCGACAUCAACAUCGUCACCGUAUCCCAGGAGGCAUAAUCUGCAAGAGCUCGACACUCUUAUAGGGAGACUACCACUUCCAUCGGUAUCACCGAGCUCCUCUAAGCAGUGGACAUUGUCUGAUGUCCUCAGGAGAGGAUAUUUUCGUCGUCUUUGGAUCAUCCAGGAAUUAAUCAUGUCCAGGGAUAUUACCCUUCGUGUUGGCGACACUGAGUUCAUCGUCGAUCAGACGCUUAGCGUUCAAACAGUUCAGGCCCACGAUAUCCCAUGGUUCACCUUCAUAACCCAAAAGUCAGUCGGCCAUCAAUCGGGAAACAACCUCCGGACAGCCGUCGAACUCGUGGAGGCCUCAAAAGCCUCAGACCCUCGCGACAAAAUCUUUGGUAUCUUGGGUUUGAUCGAUUCAAGCGAGCAUCAUAUUGCCGCGAACUAUUCCAUUUCUUCAGGCACCUCGUCAUUGGCUACUAUGCAUAUUGCCUGA